AUGGCUCUUCGGCCCGAAUAUGAAGUCGUACGAGCCUCACUACUGCAUCGAAAUCUGUUUCUAUCAUUGGACACUGCUAUUCAUGAAAUCAUUUUUGAAGAAACGCGUCUGAAUCUAGACAAAACUCCUCAAAUGGAUGCUGCUCUUGCAACUACUCGAUUCUCACAUCAAAAAUCGAAUCAUCGUCCAUGUACUGCCAUGGUAUCUGUCACAUUCUUGAACAUUGUCCCACGCGACCUCCAAAACAAAAUCGUGGCUUCACCAAAUCCAAGAAUGUUCCAACGUCUGGAUCUUCCUCCAUAUCUGCUGCUGCCACUGAAAGUUCGACGACCAUCAAUAUGA